GCUUUAUGAGAAGAGAACAUAGCUUCUUGCUUCUUUGAGAAAAAUGUUUUUCUGGUUUACUGUCGUUUUUUGUGUGAUCGGGCUAGUCGCAGGGCAAUCCUUCACUGCUAACCCUGCCAAUGCUACUGUCAUUGAAGGUGAUGUGUUAAGAUUAACCUGCGAUGCUGCGUUUUCUGGAUCACAACCUUUUGUUACUGCUACAAAUGGGGUUACUGCUAGUUCUGUCAGCGUAGAUGACGACUUGGUGGUUUUUGAAACUAAUGUACUAAGCCGCCAAAACAAUGGGUCUGUCCUGAGAUGCGAGAGUCCAGCAGAUAGCUCUCAGGUUGGAGACUUGAUUACUCUUAUCGUACAAUAUGAGCCUCUGAUAACUGUGACUGGUGCAAAUAUAACAGUCAAUGAAGGAGAUCAAUUUUCUCUCAAUGUUACCAUUGAUGCUAAUCCAUCUGUUACUCUUGGUGGUAUUAGUGUAGCACCAAACUUACCAGCAACAACAGUUUUUGGUGUUGUUAAUGCUAGCACAGUAUCAAUCACUAUUCCUAAUGUUGCCAGAAAUGAUGCUAAUAACUAUACUAUUACUGCUAACAAUUCAGUAGGAACAGAUACAGCUACUUUUCAGUUGACAGUACUUCCUAAUGAUGCUACUACUUCAUCUUCUAUACCUUCUAAUACUGAAACCACUACUUCAAGUACUGUCACAGUGACUGCACAAACAACUGGAUCAGUUUCUCCCACUGUCAGUACAACUGCUACAAUGAUUUCUGUUGUAACAGUCUCUAGUACUCCAACUCCAGCUCCAACUGGUGAAACGCAAAGCAAUGCUACAAAUGUUCUCGCAAGUUUCAUGGCUAUAAUAUUUUUAAAUUUUGUGGUUUUUCUUUUUAUUUAAUUUGAUGUAACUGCAAGAAAUAGUUGAAUAUUAGUUGUUUUAAUGUUUUUUUAAACCAAAA